CCGCACAUUUACAAUGGGAAAUAAACAAAGUGUAUUUACUGAAGAGCAACUAGAUGAAUACCAGGAUUGUACAGUCUUUACAAAGAAAGACAUAAUGAGAUUAUAUCAAAGAUUCCAUGCAUUGGCACUGCAGAAUAUUCCUUGCCACUGUAAUAAUAGAGAAGAUAUCAAAAUACCUCUACAACUCAUUACUGAGAUGCCAGAACUAAAGGAAAACCCCUUUCACCAAAAGAUCCUUCAAGUGUUUUCAGAGGAUGACCAGGGGUUCAUGACAUUUAAUGAAUUUCUAAAUAUGUUCUCUGCCUUAAGCAAUCUGGCAUCUAACAAUUUAAAAGCAUAUUAUGCAUUUAAAAUUUACGACUUCAACAGUGAUAACUUCAUUUGCCAAUCUGAUCUGGAGGUAAUGCUCAACAAGCUUACAAACAAGGAGCUGUCAGAUGAAGAAAUUCAAUUGGUGUGCAGCAAAAUCAUGGAGGAAGGAGACCUGGAUGGUGAUGGGAGACUUUCCUUAGCUGACUUUGAAUAUAUGAUCACCCGUGCCCCAGAUUUUGUGAGCACUUUCCAUAUUAGGAUCUGAAGCACGAACAUUACACAAGCGAGGUAUUGGUCAGCAUACAUUAGCGCCCUUAUAUUUAAUGCAACUCUGUUAUUCUGCUGCAGAAAAUUCCAUAAACGCAACCCAAGACAAAAACUCGAUUAUAUAUGUCUAAUAUUU